AUGUUGUACAUUUUAUGUAAUUUUUAUCGUAUGUCAACUAAUCAUAAAGUUUUAACUAGAUCUAAAGUAUUAUGUUCUAACCUUUUAUUGUUUACGCGUUGCAAAUCAGGUAAUAGCAUGGUUGUCAGUAUUGGUGAAGUUUCAAAAAUAGUGAAGGUACCACAGAACCCUGAAUAUGUACCUAGAAAGUAUUGUAAGUCAAAUAAUUAUAUUACUUCUUUUGUUCUUCAACUUAAUAUAACAAUAACAUUUAUGGAAACAGUGUUAAAUACAUCUAAUCAAAAUGAGGAUACAUCAACGUUGAGACAUUUAAAAUGGAUGCUCCAAAAGGAUAUCUUGUCUCAAGAUAUCUUUUUAAUUGGAGGGCCGGGAACUAGACGUAGGAAAUUAGCUCUUGCUUUCCUUGAGUUCACAGACCGUGAAGUAGAAUUUAUAGCACUUUCAAGGGACACAACAGAAGCAGAUUUAAAACAACGCAGAGAAAUAAAAAGUGGUACUGCCUAUUAUCAUGAUCAAAGUGCUGUAAGGGCUGCAACAAAUGGAAGGAUUCUCAUUAUUGAAGGUGUGGAGAAAGCUGAAAGAAAUGUACUUCCUGUUUUGAAUAAUUUAUUAGAAAAUCGUGAGAUGCAUUUGGAGGAUGGAAGAUUUCUUAUUCCCGCAGCACGUUAUGAUAAGUUACUGAAGACAUACAGUCAAGAGGAAUUAGAUAGUUGGAGACUUGUUAGAGUUAACGAAGAUUUUAGAGUUAUUGCAUUGGGCAUGCCAGCACCAAGGUAUCCUGGCCAUCCACUUGAUCCACCUCUCAGAUCUAGAUUUCAAGCCAGACAUAUCUCACCUCCAAGUUUUGAAAGUAUCGACUAGUACCUCUGAUACUAGCGUCUCAGAAUCUCUUUCAAACGACAAUAAAAAGAUGAGAAAGGAGUAUCACUGCCACAAAGCGUUGAAAGAAGAUUCAGAUUUCCUUGCUGGCAAAGAGAUUUUCAAGAAUAAUGUUUGUGAAAGAGGGACGUCAGACUCGGAGCCAGAUUUUAAAUUGAAUGCAACAGAAUGUAGACAGGCAGAGAGGACGUCCGACACUUUUUGGAAUCCAUUAUUCGAAAGGGUCCUUCAAUGGUUGGAUUUGUCUGGAAGAACGCAAAGCUGCAAACACGAUUUCGAAGAUCGCUUUGCGGAAAGACCGUCAGACGAGGCGGAGCAAAAGUGGAGCGCUACCAAGGGAAGAUUCCCUCGUUUGAAACGUGACUAUUUCGAGCAGAGUGAACGAAUGACGAUGAGAAGCUGCAAAUUACACAGAGAGCGGAACUCAGAACGCUUUAAGAGGGAUGAAAGUAAAAUAAUGGAAAACCGAUUGCCUAAGAUAAAGAAUACGAGGGAAGAGUUUCAAGAAUCGAGCGGAACGUUAAACGGUGCAAAGACGUUUUCAAAAACUGAAGAGGAAUCGAAAACUGAAAUUAAAGAGAAAGCAUCGUCGAAUAUAUGGCGACCUCCUAGCCGACUGAAGUUACACGUAGUGAUACCGAGCCUCGCUUAUAAAGAGAAUCGCGCGUCCUCUCAAGAAUCAUGUUAUCCGUAUAAAUUGUUUCUGGCGAAAGAGGGCCAAUCGGCCGUCGUGAGUAUCCUCGAAACUUUCAAUAUACCGGAACCAACGACGAACGACGCUGUAAUUUCAAACGUGGGUAAGAAAAAUGAGGAAGAGAAUUCAGUGGAUGUCAGUAUAAAGCAUCCAACUGGAGAAGUUGGAUUAAAUGUUUCCUGUGGCACCAAAGAGACAAACGAACGAUCGCAAGUUAAUAAAUAUGUAGAAACGAGUUAUCAGAAUAAUUUAUUGGCAAAUUUGUUGGAGUCGCACCUUGUCUCUGACAUUUGUUUGAUCGGCCCAAAAGGAUGUGGGAAAUCGAUUACUGUACAAACGUUAGCCAAUUUACUGGGAUACGAAGUCGAACCUGUAGACAUGACGUCUAGAGACUUGAUACAACAGCGCACAACAUUGUCCAAUGGCGAUACGGUUUGGAAAAAUUCGCCGCUGGUUGACGCAGCUCUGCAUGGAAAAUUGGCUGUAUUGGAUGGAAUUAAUAGAAUCGAUCCCAGUACUCUGGCCAUUUUACACAGAUUGGUUCACGAUCGAGAGUUACAGUUGCACGAUGGCAAAAGACUCGUCAGGGCGGAUCGUUACGACGAGAUAAAGGAGAAGCACAAUAAAUCCGACGCAGAACUGCAAGAAUCGGGUGUACUGCGCAUUCAUCCAUCGUUUCGAAUUAUAGCCUUAGCUGAAUCACCGGCCCUCAACACGUCUUCGAGGCAGUGGUUGAAUUCAGAGUUGCUCAGCUUGUUCCUUUUCCACGAAAUGAGGCCGCUCACCAAAUCGGAGGAGCUUCAUAUCGUUCGAUCGAAGUAUGGCGAGCCUUCCACGGCGUUAUUAAACAUCCUGGAAUUGGCGCACGUACUGCGAUCCUCCAGCGAUCCAACUUUACAAUCUUUGGCCAGCUUCCUCAGUACGAGGCAGCUUCUGAGGAUAGCAGAGAGGAUGCACAAAUUUCAAACUGGCGAUGCUUACGACGCGGUGCGGCGCGCCUGUCUGGCUCGUUUUUUACCAGCGAUAGCGAAACAAGCAUUGGACGAUUGUUGCAAUAAUCUGAGCAUCGUUCCAACGAGAAGCACGCCGAACGAGAGCGUCAAGUGUCAAAUUAAUGGAAACACCGUGCAAAUUGGCGACACGGUCAUCGAACGGUACAGCACGACAGCAUUGACGAAAGUACCUGACGUUUUGUUUUACGACGUGCCGCAGCACGUCGCAUUGUUGGAGAAUCUGUUGCAAGACUUCAGUUUGGGACAGAAUCUGUUGCUAGUUGGGAAUCAGGGUGUUGGGAAAAAUAAAAUUGUCGAUCGAUUGUUGCAACUUUUAAAUAGGCCGCGUGAAUAUAUACAGCUACACAGGGACACUACUGUUCAAACUUUGACUCUUCAGCCAAUGGUUAGGGAUGGAAAAGUGGUGUACGAAGACUCGCCGCUUGUACAGGCUGUUAAAUUGGGGCACGUGCUUGUCGUUGAUGAGGCGGACAAAGCUCCAACCCAUGUCACCUGUAUUUUGAAGACUUUAGUCGAAUCUGGUGAAAUGAUAUUAUCGGAUGGAAGACGUAUAGUAUCCACUCUAAAUCCCGGCGAAAGAAAUUCGAAUAAAAUAUUGCUUCAUCCAGAUUUCAGGAUGAUAGUGUUAGCAAACAGACCGGGCUUUCCAUUCUUAGGAAAUGAUUUCUUCGGUGCAUUGGGCGAUUUGUUCAGUACACAUACAGUCGAUAAUCCAAGCGUUGAAAAUGAAAUUCAACUUUUGAAACAGUACGGUCCGAACGUAGACGAAAAAGUGAUAUUUAAACUGGUGAAAGCUUUUGGAAAAUUACGAAGCAUGGCCGAUCAAGGAUUGGUCUCGUAUCCAUAUUCGACUCGCGAAGUUGUUAACAUUGUAAAGCAUUUAGAGAAUAUCUUUACCGGAAAGUAAAGUCAGUGCUAUCUGGAAUUUUUCCAGUAAGCAAGACGUGCUGCCCGUGCAAGAAAAGUAUAUUAAGUUAAAACCACCGAUAAGCUUAGAACAAAAGAUUUUGCCUCUAGAUCGCGUUGAAGCUAGAUCAACUUUAUUUACCGAAUUACAAAGUUAUUGGACAGUGCCAAUUAGUGACACUGCCGUAGUCGCAGGUCUGUCAGUUAACGAUGGUACAAAGGGCGAUGGAACGGACGAUGUGAUUAAUGUUCUUGUUACGAAUCCAUUAAAGAUAUUUAGUAUAAUUCAAGAAUCAGAUAGGAUUCGAGAAACUUCGUUACAUGGAUUGAUAAACUCUACAGGAGGUAAUAGACUUCGGGUCACACUGGCGACUGACAGCAAUCAAAAUGUUUUAGUGUACGAAGAAACAAAUAAUGUUCUGUUAGUAGUGAAUUUAAACAAAGGAUCCGUUCAAAAGGUAGAAAUACUAUCAUUCUUCGACAUAGCAUCGAAUAAAAUAUCAAAUGCUUUGAGAAAUGUAAGUUUUCAUCGAAGAAUGAAGCCUGAUUUGAUAAAGUCCCACAAUCAAAUUGUUUUCUACACGUAUAAUUCUAACAAGAUAGAAAUAAUCGACUUAAGUCGCAUGUGUUUUUAUACGAUGAAUUUGCCAUUCGAGAUACAGUCAAUUUUACUUCCAUCAGAGAAAAGAUGGUUGAUUCAAGCUAACGAUAAAAACAAAUAUAUUCUCAAGAAAUCUACAGAUUCGUCACCGUGUCCAAAUGUUUUACAACAAGUGGAAGAAUCUAGCAAAAAUAGUUCCGAAACUGAUUUAUUCCUCGGUUGCACUGGUAGCAACUUGAGCAGUAAUGUACUCAGUGCAGCAUUGAAACAGAAAAUAGAUUCUCCAAAUAGACUGCUGGUAUCUGACAACACUUAUGCCAGCAUUGCUGUUGGAUUUCCCGAUUUAGAUAGUUUCAACGAACUUCAUUCUUGGCCGAGACCGAAACAGAUUAGAAGCUCUACACUCCCUGUUUUUAUGAACAAUGGACAAAUUAUUAGAUUGGUUACAUCUCGUGAAGUUCCUAGUGAUGUUACUCCAAACAUUGAGACAAAUUUAGGAAUCAUUGGUUACUUAGAAAUUGUUGAUAUCGUAAAUCAGAAGUUACGAUACGUACCUGUACCAGAACCAACCAACGUGUCGCAAAUAACUCAAUUCUUGUACCCAAGCAAGGAUCACUUGUAUGUUUCGCCUAAAUCAAAUCACGAUCUUGUAACGGUAGAUGCGAGUGGUUGUGUCCGCCUUUGGGAGACGUCAUUAGCGAAUAUUGCAAAGUCACUUGGAGCUUGGCGAAAAAUGUUAGGAAACGAUAACGAAAACUUGCAAAUGACUAAAGAAAGAUAUUCUGGAUUAGACGUCAGUGGUCCUAAACACGGGAGAGUCGAUGACAAGAAUGAACCGCAUGUUGGAGGUAAUACAUGGGCAGGAGGAACCGGAGGAAGAGACACUGCAGGCCUAGGUGGGAAGGGUGGACCUUAUCGCUUGGAUGCCGGUCAUACGGUGCAUCAACUUAGCGAUGAAGAAAAAAACGCGAUACCGGAGCACAUAAAGAAGGCAGCGAGAGAAAUGGGUUUUAAAGCGUUUCAGCAGCGAUUAAGAGAAAUUAAUAUGAGUGAAUAUGAUCAUAAAUUGUACUCGCAAUUUAGCGACGCUGUUCAAAAGCAGGUUAAAGCGCUAAGAACUAUAAUAGAUAGCCUGCAAGCAAAAAGUAAAGAACGUCAAUGGUGCAGGCACCAAACUUCCGGAGAAUUGGAUGAUACCAAAUUAAUCGAAGGAUUAACAGGGGAAAGAACGAUUUAUCGAAGAAGGGCGGAGAGAGAGCCCGAGCUCGGCGCUCCACCGACAAAACCAAAGCGUUUGAAAUUAGUGGUGGACGUUUCUGGUAGCAUGUAUAGGUUCAAUGGCUAUGAUGGACGUCUUGACCGAGAAAUGGAAGCUUGCGUCAUGGUAAUGGAGGCGUUUAGUGGCUACGAAGGGAAAUUUCAGUACGAUAUCGUUGGUCAUUCCGGCGAUGACUAUGAUAUUGUUUUCGUAAAGCACACUCAACCACCGGCGAAUAACAAGCGCAGAUUGGAAGUAAUACAGAGGAUGCACGCACAUUCACAAUUUUGCAUGUCUGGUGAUAAUACUUUAGAAGCAACUCAGCAUACGAUCGCGAGCCUAGCGAAAGAAGAUGCCGAUGAGUGUAUCGUUAUUGUACUUUCGGAUGCCAAUUUCGAACGCUAUGGUAUUCGUCCUGAGAAAUUUGGAAAAAUUCUUACAUCAAAUCCAGAUGUUAAUGCAUUUGCUAUAUUUAUCGGAUCCUUAGGCAAUCAAGCUUUUUAUUUAACCAAGAAUAUAACCGCGGGACGUGCGUUUGUCUGCAUGGAUCUCAAGGACAUACCUCGAAUUUUACAACAAAUAUUUGCUGCUUCUUUGUUAAGUACUACAAAGUCAAGUUAAUGCUGGUGUAAAACAUUUACUGGUAUAUUAUCACUGAUGUAAAAAUUUUUGUACCAUUUUAUAGAUAUUUAUAAGGGUAAAUUAUAA